AUUCCUAACUCCUCUCUUCUCCACCCAACAAAAACAUACCUCUACUCUUUACAACUACUGAUUGGUUUCUCAUAUCUUUGUCUCUUCCUCUCCCAACUUCUGGGGACUAUAAUUUUCUAGCCUUUUGGUUCAGUUUUGAGCGCAGAGCUCUUCAGUUUCAGAGACCCAUUGACUAUUUUGUUUAAUUGGGGGAGUGAUGGCUAUGCAUGUUAGCAGUGCAGGGUUUUCUAUUUUUAGUCACAUGAGAGUUAAUAGAGUCAGAGCUGUUGCUUCUGAUAAUGUGAGCGUGGAGGAACAGAAGGUGCCAUUGGGGGCUUCUGAGUUGAAGGUGACAAAGCUUGGGAUUGGAGCUUGGUCUUGGGGUGACACCAGUUAUUGGAAUAACUUCGAAUGGGAUGAUAGGAAGAUGAAGGCUGCUAAGAAUGCUUUUGAUGCAAGCAUUGAUGGUGGCAUAACCUUAUUUGAUACUGCUGAAGUUUAUGGCUCCAGGGCUUCUUUUGGUGCUAUAAACUCUGAAACUUUACUAGGAAGAUUUAUCAAGGAAAGGAAAGAAAAGGAUCCAGAAGUGGAGGUUGCUGUUGCAACCAAAUUUGCAGCUUUGCCUUGGAGGCUGGGUCGUCAGAGUGUCAUAUCUGCCCUUAAGGAUUCCCUCAGUCGCCUUGGUCUAUCUUCAGUAGAACUGUAUCAACUCCAUUGGCCAGGAAUAUGGGGAAAUGAAGGAUAUCUUGAUGGUCUUGGAGAUGCUGUUGAGCAAGGCCUUGUGAAGGCAGUUGGCGUCUCAAACUAUAGAGAAAAGAGAUUGCGUGAUGCAUAUGAGAAACUCAAAAGGAGAGGUAUCCCGUUAGCAUCAAACCAAGUGAAUUACAGCCUCAUAUACAGGACACCAGAGGAGAAUGGAGUUAAGGCUACAUGUGAUGAACUUGGGAUCACUUUGAUUGCCUAUUCUCCUAUUGCUCAAGGUGUUCUCACAGGAAAGUAUACACCUGAUAAUAUUCCAACUGGCCCUCGAGGCCAGAUUUACACUCGCGAUUUUCUUACAAAGCUCCAACCUCUGCUGAACAGAAUUAAGGAAAUAGGAGAAAAGUACAGUAAGACACCUACACAGGUAGCCUUAAACUGGCUGAUAGCCCAGGACAAUGUUGUGCCAAUUCCAGGAGCCAAAAAUGCAGAACAGGCUAUGGAAUUUGCGGGUGCUCUCGGAUGGAAGCUCAACGAUGAUGAAGUAACUGAGUUGCGCUCCUUGGCUUCCGAGAUUAGACCUGUAACUGGUUUCCCUGUUGAAAACUUGUAAAAAAAAUUUACACUGGCAUCUGUGUUGUAAGCUCUAUACAUGCAAGAAUGUAGGUAUACACUUCAAAAUACAAAAGGCACAUAUUAUCAUCAAAAUGAUUGA